AUGAGCUCUAUAGCACAGCAAGAAUCUUUUGUUAAGGCGAGUUUAUUUCAGUUUAUAACUAAAAACAUCCCUUCUGCAGAUUUAAACGUAAUUGAUGAUAUAGUCCUUUCAUAUGUGAUUUCUAUACUGGAGGAGGCUUCCCAGGACCCAUGUUUUGAUGUUGAAGGAUUUAUAGAGAUGAUGGCGGCUUAUAUCCCAGCUUUCGCAACAAUCGACGCCGGACUAGUGUGCUCUUGGGUUUUGGAGCUAGAAGCAGAAUUAUCUCGUAGAGUGGACACCGACUCACUUUCUAACAAUGAUGACUCUGCUGAAAGCGAUAAAAUCAGUCUGACCCUGCAGAGUCUCAAUGAAAUGUUACCAUCCGUAAAUAAAAACAAUCGGUCCCAUUCAAACUCUGAGAGCUCCGAGAGCACAGAAGGACGUCGGCCAUUGCUCGACAGCGAAGAGUACGCUGAACAAUGUCGCGCCCUGCACGAGAUGUUUCCCAACACCUGUGCCAUGGAGAUAAAGCACUGCGUGACGAUCGCCCGCGGAGAUCCGGAGCGCGCUGCGGCCACGCUGCUGCACCGGCGCGAGCAGGGCCAGGCGCUGUCGGCCGCCGCGCUGCACGCUGCCGCCCGCCAGCCGCUGUGCGACGACCGCGAGAUCAAGAGCCGCAUCAUUGCACGAUAUUCCUACGUGGACAAAAACUCGGAAACCAAGGAGCACAAGCCACUGGCUCCGAAGAUUGAGCCGAAGAAACUCGUGCGUUAUCGCGAUAACAAAAUUGUGUCGCUGAAAGGAGAGCGUUAUACUGAGGUACCGAAGUCAGGAAUCGACGAGGAACACUUAAAGAAGCCCAAAAAACAACAUUGCCCUUAA